AUGUGCAUUGAUUACCGGCAAUUGAACAAGGUGACGAUAAAGAACAAGUAUCCACUGCUGAGGAUUGAUGAUUUGUUUGACCAGCUUCAGGGCGCAAAAGUGUUUUCAAAGAUAGACUUGAGAUCUGGCUACCACCAGCUGAGGAUUAGGGCAUCCGAUGUCCCUAAGACAGCAUUCCGCACUCGGUACGGGCAUUAUGAGUUCCUGGUCAUGUCGUUUGGGUUGACCAAUGCCCCAGCAGCAUUCAUGGAGUUGAUGAACCGACUGUUCAGGCCGUAUUUGGACAUGUUCGUGGUAGUCUUUAUUGAUGAUAUUCUGGUGUACUCCCGCAGCCAGGAGGAGCACGAGCAGCACCUCAGAGUGGUUCUUCAGACUCUGAAGGAUAGUCAGUUGUAUGCGAAGUUCUCGAAGUGCGAGUUC